AUGAAGAUACCAUUCUUUAGCAGCUCGGCACCCAAAGAGCCCGAACCCAUAUCCUAUGCUUCGGAGUUUCGGGAUUUCAUACAAAAUAAUGCACCAUUGGACUUUGAGACAAAAAUGGCACGAGCGCGACCAUUUGUUUUCGCUAGCUUUAUAGCGUGGCCGGCGUUUUGGAUGUAUAGAGGCAUGGAUUGGAGCAAUAGGGCGCCGUUGGAACGUUCCUUGGUCAGCUAUAUAAAUCGGACUUUUCAUCAAGCCAAGUUAAUGCAGUUUGCUAUACUCAGUUUGGGUCUAAUGUUUGCGGUAUAUGAAGAGAGUCCUCUUCUACAUAAAGUGAACUAUAUGCUUAAGGGUAUCGACCACGAAGACGAUUACAGAGGUAAACCUAGACCGGUUGAUUGAUUGAGAGUGAAUAACAAACUUAAAUUAAGAGCCAGGCUGUGAGAAAAUGGGGAAGAAGAAAGCUAACGUUUUUUUAGUUUACAAAAAGUCCCAAAUUCGACAGAUCACAAAUUAAAUGCACUUAUCAGCAAUUAAAUUUACUCAGAAAAAUUUUAAAGAAAAAUUUAAUGUUUGCCAACUCAAACAAAACUACUAUAGUUUUCGACAAAAAAGGCAGUACAGAAAAAUAUUUCACAUUUCUGAUAGUUUACAUUUGAAAUUUCUGGCGUAAAAAUUCAAAAUAAAAUCAUU